UGCAUCACCGGGCGGCGCCUGUGGCUCAGUCGGUAAGGCGCCCGCCCUAUAUACCGAGGGUGGCGGGUUCAAACCCGGCCCCGGCUAAACUGCAACCAAAAAAUAGCCGGGCGUUGUGGCUGGCGCCUGUAGUCCCAGCUACUCAGGAGGCUGAGGCAAGAGAAUCGCUUAAGCCCAGGAGUUGGAGGUUGCUGUGAGCUGUGUGAGGCCACGGCACUCUACAGAGGGCCAUAAAGUGAGACUCUGUCUCUACAAAAAAAAGAAAAAAGAAAGAUGCAUCACUAUGGCACUUAUUUUUGUCACUUUUUCCCACUAGCAGUUGAAACUAGAGCUGAAGGUUUUUAAAAAAAAGUCUCUAAGCGGUUGUUUCGGUUGCAUUGGGCAUUCAUUCGGGCAGCUUGCCCCUCGGUGGGGGAGGUCCUUCAUUCAUAUGUCUGCUAUGGACAGAAGAGGCUGCCAAUCAGCUCCAACGAGUAGCAAAGGGCGGCAGAGCUAGCCCUUAAAGGAGCCGCAACCCGUUAGCAGACCAAGGGUAAUUCGGGUGAUGGCGGCCGCCGCGUGCCUAGCCGUCGCACUGUGGCUAUUACUAUUUCCAGUGGGUGUGGCGGGGGCCGGACCCCCGCCGAUCCAGGAUGGCGAGUUCACGUUCCUGUUGCCUGCGGGGAGGAAGCAGUGUUUUUACCAGUCUGCGCCGGCCAAUGCAAGCCUUGAGACUGAGUACCAGGUGAUUGGAGGUGCUGGGCUGGACGUGGAUUUCACACUGGAGAGCCCUCAAGGUGUGCUGUUGGUCAGCGAUUCCCGCAAGGCUGAUGGGAUGCACACGGUGGAGCCCACAGAGGCAGGAGACUACAAGCUUUGUUUUGACAACUCCUUCAGCACCAUCUCUGAGAAGCUAGUGUUCUUCGAGCUCAUCUUUGACAGUUUGCAAGAUGAUGAGGAGGUCGAGGGCUGGGCAGAGGCCGUGGAGCCAGAGGAGAUGCUGGAUGUCAAAAUGGAGGACAUUAAGGAGUCCAUCGAGACCAUGAGGAGCAGGCUGGAGCGCAGUAUCCAAAUGCUGACACUGCUGCGGGCCUUUGAGGCACGUGACCGCAACCUGCAGGAGGGUAACCUAGAACGAGUCAACUUUUGGUCAGCCAUCAACAUGGCUGUCCUACUGCUGGUGGCUGUGCUGCAGGUCUGCACGGUCAAGCGCUUCUUCCAGGACAAGCGCCCUGUGCCCACGUAGCCCCUGCCCUGGAAGGAAGUAUGAGAAACAGGAGGGACAGCAGGGCCUGGGUGUGUACAACUUCGGGGAGGAUGCUUCUCCAACUUAGCUUCCUGCAAGGGAAGGCUGUGCAGUCAGGGCCUGAAACGAUGCCCCAUGCAUCUCCUCCCUGGGCAGGCAAGAGACACCAGUAGCUUGCUGGCUUCUGUCUGCUGGGUGGGGUGGCUCAGCAGCUGUAUCUACUCCCCUGGAAAUCAUGCUGGGGGUGGGGGUGGUGCCACUGCAGCAUUGCAAUGUGACCAUUGGAUUUUCUGGCAUCGCCUAUUGUAAAUGUGCCUUAACUCAAGUCUUUUAGCCUGUGUCAGCACUGCCCUGUGUGGGAUAAGGCUUGGGAAGCAAAUCCUGGCCUUCGCUGUCUGGUCCCCUAUACUGGAUCAUGGUGGGAAGGGCCUGCUUGUUCUAGGGGCUGGGAAGGAAACACAACUGCAGAGUUGUUGC